AUGGGAUUGGGUGAUGUUGAUCUUUUGGAUGACGGAGGAGGAGGUAGGGGGAAGGGGACGCCGGUUGCGGUGUUGUGCUCGAUAUGCUUAGAGGCAGUGACGGAUAAUGGGGAGAGAUCUUGGGCCAAGCUUCAUUGCGGUCAUCAAUUCCACCUUGAUUGUAUAGGUUCUGCAUUCAAUAGUAAGGGUGCAAUGCAGUGUCCCAAUUGUCGGAAAAUUGAGAAAGGUCAAUGGCUCUAUGCAAAUUGUAGUCGUCCACUGCCUGAUUUAAGCAUGGAUGAUUGGCAGCAUGAGGAGGAUCUAUAUGAUAUAAGCUUCUCUGAAAUGUCAUUUGGAGUUCAUUGGUGUCCAUUCAGUGGGUUAACAAGGCUCGCUUCAUCUUUUGAUGAACGAGAAUUUUCAUCAAGUGCAUAUCACGAUAUUGGGCAACAUACUAUCUUUGCUGAACAUACAGCUGGAUCAUCCUCAAAUCCUCCUUGUCCCCCGUUCAUUGCCUACAUGGGACCUAUUCGCCCAUCGUCUUUAACCUCUAGUAGAAACGUUUCGGAUGGAUCUAAUAUUAACAAUCACUGGAUUGGCCCAUCAAUUCCAAAUCAGCCCUCAGUUCAUUCCGUGACUCAGAGAACGGCCAGGACCAAUUCUGAUAUGCCAAGACCUGGAUCUUUCAUACACCCAUUCCUUGUCAGUCAAAGUUCUGCUAGUAGAGCUCCCAGCUCUGUUACCUCACCAGCUAUUCCUCCUUACUCCAGUAGUGUUACUCGAGGGGUGCGUGAUCGUGUUCAGUCUCUUCGAGGACAUUAUCAGAGACCAAGUGGCAACCCAAUGGCACGCACACUUCUUACAUCUGUCGGGCAAAGAUCCUACAACAACAGGGGAUUGGUUCAAGUUGUACCUCAAGCGUCAACAUCAGAUCAGUCUAGUGGCUUUUACUUCUUCUCAUCAGGUUCAUCUGGAAGAACUUUCCCCGAAGGAGAACAACCUAUUCCCAAUCGUUAUAAUACUUGGGGAAGAGAACAUCUACCUCCCUUCCAGGUUGAUAGAGAAUCAAUAUGGGGGCCAUUUUACCCGACAGCUAGUGGUUCUGAUACAGGAAUCAGAUCCAGCAGUUAUCGACAGAGGCAUGGAUAG